CCUGCUUAUCCUCACUCACACCGCACAGCGACCUCAGAGCCAGCGAAACCUUAGGGAAUCCUUUGCACCUUCUUUGAUCUACAGAAAUUAUGGCAGCAGGUUGGCUAUUCCUCUUCGCGGUUCUCUACUCGGCGGCCCUCCUCUUCGGCAUGGUCUUUUUCGUCAUUAUGUUCUCGGACUUGGAGAGCGACUACAUCAAUCCUAUAGAUCUGUGUAACAAACUUAACCAGUUUGUGCUUCCAGAAUACGCUGCCCACGCUUUUCUGGCCCUGCUAUUUUUACUCUUCGGACAAUGGACAGCAUUUGCUUUCAAUUUGCCCUUGAUAGCGUUUAACGUCAACAAGGUGAUGAAGAAGAAUCACAUGUACGAUGCGACAGAGAUAUUCCGUUCGCUGUCAGGGCACCAAAAGGAAACAUAUUUCAAGCUUGCAUUUUACCUCUUAUCUUUCUUCUACUAUCUCUACCGGAUGAUUGUUGCUCUCGUUGCUGAGAACGAGUAAUGAUACCCACCGUGUUUCCACGAUCAUGCAUGACCCUGGGGAUAUACCCGGAGGCAGGAUUCCCUCCUCCCCCACCCGACACGUAUCAGCACCCAUGACCGGGGUUGGAAUACGAGGCGUGGACAUAACCUUAAAGCCAGAGAGGACCUAUGUACUCUGUUUUGGCACGAUUACUUAGUACAAUAAAAUGUUCAAGGG